AUGCCGACCGCGGGGCUCAAGACCAUCAUCGCGCUGUCGUUCGUCCUCGCGAUCGGCUUCCUCCUCGUCAUCCUCUCCUGCGCACUAUACAAGGUCUACUAUCCUCUGCUCGUCGUCGCCACCUACGUAUUGGCGCCCGUGCCCAACUGGAUCGCCUCCCGCUGCGCGAACCCGGAUGACUUCGUUGAGAGUACCGGGAAUGGCGUACUCGAUCUCGGUCGUUUCUGCACUGGGUUUAUGGUUGUUAUGGGGAUCGGUAAGGCUUCCCCUUCUGCUCGGUCUAUUCAUUUGUCGUCUCCUAAACUGCGCACUAUGGGGCACGAGCGCAUUACGCCCCUACCUGCUGUUCUAGCGCACUCGGCUUUAAUCGGCAUCCCGGCGAUGAUCAUGUGUAUUAUCGGAGGACUUCUGAUCUACGGGACUAUCAUCUCGUUCGGCAUGUUCUUCCAGGAGGAGCAAGAGUUUUGA